AUGUCAGGCUUGGCAAAGCUGUCCGAGACCCUAUCAAAUGCCGACUUCAAAUCUAUUCCCAUCAUAGACCUCACGGACGCCAGGUCUGCUGAUGGAGAGAAGAGAAAAGUCGUUGCAAUGAACAUCCGCGAAGCUUGUCUCAACGCCGGAUUCUUUUACAUCAAGAACCACGGUGUGCCUGAGGACAUUGUCAAUACAACGUUCAGCCAGUCCAAGAUGUUCUUUGAUGCACCUGAGAAGAUAAAAAAGUCUGUCGACAUUACCAAGUCUGGAAACUUUCGUGGGUAUAUGGGCCUACUUGUGUCCAACAAUGAUCCGUCAGUCUCGACCAAAGGAGACAUGCACGAAGCAUUCAAUCUAGGACUUGACCCUUCUCUCGACCCCUCUUUCUUCGAUCAGACGGUCAAAGAAGGUGAAUUGAAGCAUUCAGAAAACCUGUGGCCGAGUACGGAAGUCUGGGAUGGUGCUGGCGAAUUCAAAUCUGCCAGCUUGGCGUAUUACCAAGCGAUCCUCCAGCUUGGUCAAUCGCUUUUCCCUCUAUUCGCUUUCGCGUUGGGCUUGCCGGAGGAUUUCUUCACCGACAAGGCAGGUGCUUCGAUUGAUCGCGAAGCAUAG